UAUCUUAUCAACUUCUCAUCGGAAUUUUUUCCCCUUUAUAUUCUCGUUCCAGCCUUCCUUCUUCGUCGUCGUCAUAAUUUGUUCUCUUCUGUUUAUUCUUGGCUUCAGAGCCAGGCAUGGAGAUCCAUGAUCGGUCGCCCUUUCUUCCGGAAGGUUUGGAGUUUGUGCUCUCUCAUGAAGGGGAGGUUUCUGUUUCAUCAAUUGUCCAACAUACAGUGUGCCUCUUCUUCUCAGCCCAUUGGUGCAGGCCUUGUAGGAAUUUCACACCUCAACUAAUACAAGCCUACGACGAACUCAAACAGAGGGGAGAUUAUCUAGAAGUGAUAUUCAUUUCUUUCGACAAAGAUGAAGCUUGCUUCUUGGAACAUUACAAGGCCAUGCCAUGGCUGGCUCUGCCAUUUGAUGAGGGCCUUCGCAGGCGGAUAUGCUCUCAGUAUAAGGUUGACCAUAUACCAGCACUGAUUCCACUGGACUGCAACGUGAAGGCCAUUGUAGCUGAUGCAGUGCAACUGAUUGAAGAUUAUGGUGUCGAUGCCUUCCCAUUCACAGUUGAGAGAAGAGAGAAACUAAAGGCAAUUGAUGAGGAAAGAAAGGGGUGCACAUUACAGGCCUUGCUCGUCUCAGAUAGAGUGAAUCACCUUUACAGCAAUAAUGGUAUUCAGGUUCCUCUUUCCAAUCUCACAGGCAGAACAACCGGCUUAUAUUUUGCUGCAAAUUGGAGUCCACCUUGCAAAUAUUUCACUUCCCAACUUGUUAGAGUGUAUGAUGAUCUCAAGGUGACAAAUGGUGAUGAAUUUGAGGUAGUUUUGGUGUCAAGUGACAGGGAUCAGUGUGCUUUUAAUCAAUGCAAGAGCACCAUGCCAUGGCUUGCCAUUCCAUUCAACAGCAAAUCCAGGCAUGAGCUCUUUAGGAUCUUCAAUAUCAAGGCAAUUCCUGCAUUGGUCUUCAUUGGCCCAAAAGGGGAACCAUACGGCACUGAUGGGCGGGAGAUGAUCACAUGCCAUGGAGCCAAUGCGUUCCCAUUCACAGAGGAGAGGGCCGUAGAGUUGGGUGCUGCUGUGGAAAGGGAAAAGGAGGGACUAGCUGAUCAAGUUAAGGACCAAAAACACAAGCAUCUGCUGAAGCUUGACAUGAGAAAGGCCUUCAUCUGCAAUGGGUGUCGAAAGGAAGGAAGGUUCUGGUCAUUCUGCUGUAGAAUAUGUAAUUUUGACCUUCAUCCGGAUUGUGUCAUGGAAGAGAACGAGACGAAGAUCAAAAAAGAAGGAAGAAAUGAGAUAUGCAUACCUGCAACUAAAUCAGGAAUUCAGGAAUUCCACUUCACAACUACUACCUUCAGAGCAAUAUCUAACCAAUCCUCCUGAACCCCAGGUUCCCAGUUUAGGAUUCAAUCAUAAUAUGCGAUCCAACACUUAGGCAGAUGUUUUCUUCCUGCUUUAUAUUAUGAUGGGCACACCAUAUAUGUCUCACUUGACAGCAAAUUGCUUGUCAUUGCACAUAUUCUGUAAUAAUCCACACGAAUUAGUCUACAGUUUAAAUCCAAAAUAAUUUUCAAAAUGAACUCUUCAAAAACAAUUUAAGCAAAUAUCUAAAUUGAUCUUAAAAACACAUUUCAGAUAAUGUCUUGAAAACCAUUUUCCAAUUUCUUACUUUAGGCCUAAUGAUGAAGACUUAGAUCUGGAGGCACCAAACCAAUCGUCAUUUUCCAGAGUCCCUUUCAAAUUGCUUACUUUCAAGCCCAAUAUUAAUAAUUCACCGAAAUGACCAUUUGAAUGAAUUUACAUUUCCAAAUAGGCCAUGCCAUGCGCAUUUCAUUCUCCCAUUUAGAUUUUAGUAUAAUAAUUUAAUAUCUUGUUUUCACAAGAGGGAAAUUGUAAAUUACAUCUAAAAGAACAAGGUCUAAAUGACAAGUCCCAUCACGGUCGUUACUUGUUUUAACACAUGGCUUCAAAUUUUCCUCCAAGACAAUUGAAUAUGGAACUUGCAUUUAUUUUAAACGACAGUUCCGAAAAGGUUUCAGAACUUCACUUUAUGAAAAGAAGUUUGUAAGCGGCCUCCAUUUUGAAAAUGUAAGACUUGAGUAGCAGAACUCAUCCUCUUCAAUAUAAGGUUUGGCCACAUGCAGUGCCCUUACUAGGGGUAACCAAACUAAAGUCUAAAGCUAAUGUUGAUAUAUUCAAUAUGUAUUAUGGUAUUCGUUUCGUCCAAAAGAGUGUGGGUACUUGAUCAAUUUGUCCAAAUAAGUUGAUGAAAUACAUUCAACAUAAAUCUAACAUGUAUACCGGUUUUCCAAACAUAUUGUUUUUACCUUUGCUGGAAGUGAGUCUAUCAAAAAUCUCUUGACACAUCAUGUCUUUUUAAUAAGUAGAUAGGCAUGUUCAUUUGCUUCUCUCAACUUACGCUUCUAGAUCGUAAAUGAACUAAAAAAAAAAUACAUUUUUAGUUCAAGGAGAUGUCCCCUUUGACAGGUCUUGACAGUUUGACCAGAAUGGACCUUAAAUUUGGACAUCCUUAGCUAACUAUGACAUGGCUCAUAUGAGACAAGGCCCAUUCUUGCCAAGAAAUACGCAAUGCUGUGUGUGGAUCAGGCUUUAGAAAAUGUUGGACUUCAGGAAACACAUGGUACCAUAAAAAUUAAUUACUAGUUUAAACUUAGCAAGAGGUUUUAACCAAACCCUGUGAAGACACAUUAAAUCCGUAUCAUGACAUGAUUCUAUCUUCAAGCGAUUGAUUAAGGAUGCACAAUUCAAAUUAAAAAUUAACAAGCAAACACCGAAAGGAGACCUGUAGUUCUGGAAAAAAGAUAAUGCGGUGAUUUUCAGGGCAAUAAUGCAUCACUUCUCCUCAGCCU